ACCAUGCCUCAUUAAACCUCUUCCAAAAUGAAAACCUCCAGCUUCCCUCUCCCAAAAUCUCUCCUCCUCGUCUCCAUCCUCAUCCUCCUCUCCAACCCUUCAUAUCAAGCGACUCCCCCGCCGCCAUCGCCGCCGCAGCCGCCAUUUCUCCCUAACCCGAGGCUUCUCAAGGCCUACACUGCUCUCCAAGCUUGGAAACAUGCCAUCACUGCCGACCCAAACAACUUCACCGCUGACUGGUACGGCCCCAACGUAUGCAACUACUCCGGCAUUUUCUGUGCCCCCGAUCCCGACGACCCCUACAUCCUCACCGUCGGCGGGAUCGACCUCAACCACGCCAACCUGUCGGGCACCCUACCCGACGACCUCGGCCUCCUGACCGACCUUGCUCUGUUCCACAUCAACUCCAACCGCUUCUGCGGUACUAUCCCCGAGUCCUUCCGAUGCCUCACUCGCCUAUUUGAGCUCGACCUCAGCAACAAUGGCUUCUCCGGCGAAUUCCCUUCUGCAAUUCUCUCUCUUGCUGCUCUCAAAUUCCUCGAUAUUCGAUUCAACAAAUUCCAUGGGGAUCUCCCUUCUCCCCUGUUUGACAUGAAACUCGAUGCUCUGUUCAUCAAUAAUAACGCUUUCAAAUUCUCCUUACCGGAAAACAUCGGCAAUUCCCCUGUUUCUGUUCUGGUUUUUGCUAAUAACAACAUCAAUGGCUGCCUCCCCUCCAGUUUAUCCAACAUGAAGAAUACACUCAAUGAAAUUAUAAUCACGAAUAGUGGGUUGAAUGGGUGUUUGCCGCCGGAAAUUGGGUCGUUGAGCAAUCUCGCCGUCUUCGAUGUCAGUGACAACAAUCUCGUCGGAUCGCUGCCGGAGACGAUGGCCGGAAUGAAGAAAUUGGAGCAGCUAAAUGUCGCACAUAACCAAUUAUCCGGUGAAAUUCCGGCAAGUAUUUGCUCGUUGCCAAAAUUGCAGAAUUUCACGUACUCGUAUAAUUUCUUCUGCAGUGAGCCGUCAGUGUGCCUGAAACUUCAGGCCAGCGAUGACCAGAAAAAUUGUUUGCCGGAAAGGCCACUGCAACGUUCGCCGGAGGAAUGUAAAGCUUUCUACUCUUACUCUGUUGACUGCGGCGUCUUUGGUUGUACUCAUCGGCCGCCACCGCCACCACCUCCUCCUCCUCCGCCCCCGCCCUCGCCUCCUCCUCCACCUCCUCCACCGCCCCCUCCCCCUCCCCCUCCUCCGCCACCGCCACCACCUCCUCCUCCUCCGCCCCCGCCCUCGCCUCCUCCUCCACCUCCUCCACCGCCCCCUCCCCCUCCCCCUCCUCCGCCACCGCCACCACCUCCUCCUCCUCCGCCCCCGCCCUCGCCUCCUCCUCCACCUCCUCCACCGCCCCCUCCCCCUCCCCCUCCUCCGCCACCGCCACCACCUCCUCCUCCUCCGCCCCCGCCCUCGCCUCCUCCUCCACCUCCUCCACCGCCCCCUCCCCCUCCCCCUCCUCCGCCACCGCCACCACCGCCACCUCCACCGCCGCCACCGCCGCCACCGUAUUAUCAGUAUCCGUAG